AUGCGGUGCGGUGCAAUUAUUUACCGCGGCUGUGGAAGUGAACUGGCGGAGGUGGCUGUGGGUGCUGCCUUUUUCCUCCGUCGUGGGUGGCAGCUGGCGUUGCGUCGCUUUGGUGCGCGGCUCCAUCGCCCUUCCCGGGGUUCAGUUGCGUCGUCUUCCCCUUCCUGGGCGGAGGUAAGGGCUGAAACCGAACUCUCUCGCCUCGGCUGCCUCCCCUUCGAAAAGUGGUGGUGGUGGGGGAGAAAUUGCGAUUUGGUGUUUUUAGGGUACAGCGCGCCAGAAACGAGGGCGCGGAAGAAGCCGAAGCAAAACAAGACAAACGAUCAAAGCAACAAACUAAAGGCGCUCCGCCUUCAGCAGGCCAGCGCCACCAUCUUCUAUGUCGCCGCCGGCUGUGGGCAAAUCAGUGGGCGCGGAGACCGAACGGGUUGCAAAACAACCGAGCCAGUGGCUGACCAAAGUGAAGCGCAGGCACCUCAAACCCCCUCAAAGCCAAAUUUCGCACGCCGGGCCGCAAGGGGCCCACAGCAGAAUAAAAUGUGCCCCAGCGCCGCCUCACCCACGCCGCUUCCAAACCACGGCGCCUCUCCCCACCUUGAAACCCUCCUUGUAAAAUCCGCCGGCAUCGUUGUCUGGUGUUCGCUCCGCGGCAAGGAUGGAGAAACAGUGCGGACGUCGCGCCUCUUGCCGAGAAAACCUCGACGCGAGUUCCCCACCCCCCUCUUCCCGGCCAACGCAAACUAG